AUGCUUGACUGCAUCGAGGUUGUGCAGGUCCGUCCUCCAUUUGCAAAGCCUGAAGGACAAGAAGAAGACGCCACCGUCCCAGCCAUGGCCAGGGUCCUCCACCAGCACUGCACCCAGCUCCUGGCCAAAUACAGCGCCGACGCCAUCUUCGAGGCUGCGCUCGCAGAGGCAGUGGCGCUAGUCAACGAGGAGCACAACAGCAACGCGGCGCCGGCGGGACUGUGCCUGCGCGAUCUGACCGAGGCGGAGGGGGUCUUGUCGGAGGUGAAGUGGGCGGCGGCAUGUAUUGUUCGGCUCUGCCAGACCCAUCUGAGGCGGUGUUCUUCGGCCAAACGAUACCGUCUGGUCGAGUAGUUGGGAGGUGGAAAGGUGGGCCACGGCAGGCAUAGAGAUGGGAGCCUUCACCUUACAACAGGCGAGAAAUGAUCAUGAUUAGAAUGAUAAAUGCGGAAGAAUAACCCCC